AAAAGUUGCUGUCAAUGUCAAAGUCAUAAUCUUAUCAAUCGUAAAAAUUAUGUGAUUUAGUUUCGUGACGAUGGAAUUCCGACGUGAAAAACAAUAAAAAUGUUUAAUAAAGUGUUGCAACGUGCUCUUAAGUUUCGGCUGAAGAAGUCUUAUCCCACGAAUAUUUAUGAUUUAUCUCGUGGGUCGGCUAUAGCGGUGCGUAGACCGUAUAGCGACGAAGUGCGUCGUGCGCAGGCCCAGAGCGUCGCUGCGCCGGGGCCGACAAUCUUCGACAAGAUUAUAUCGAAGGAGAUUAAAGCGGAUAUUAUUUAUGAAGAUGACUUGUGUUUGGCAUUCAAUGAUAUAUCUCCGCAAGCUCCCGUGCACUUCCUCGUGAUACCGAAACGUAGGAUCCCGCGGCUACAGGAUGCGGAGCCAAAUGAUAUGGAACUCCUCGGUCACCUAAUGCUGGUGGCUCGUUCGCUGGGCUCGGCGCGGGCUCCGUCGGGGUGGCGGCUCAUUGUCAACAACGGACGGGACGGCGCGCAGUCUGUCUACCAUCUACACCUCCAUGUACUUGGGGGCCGGCAGAUGGGCUGGCCGCCAGGGUAGGGAGCUUGGGGGUCGCCAGGGUAGGGAGGUUGGUAAUGCAAUGUUGUUUUUAGUAUGUGUAAUUUUGAAUUCGCUAUUUUCUACGGAGUUUUUGAAAAUCCGGCUAGUGUAGUAGUAUCGUUGUUUGUAAUUAGAAGAUAAAAAAUCUAGACAAUUUGGACAGAUAAAUCAAUUUACAAAAUUAAAUCGUUUUUGACUUACUUAUUAUUUUCAAAUAAUAAAAUUAUUCUUCAAUAAGGAAUUUUGUUUGCUAUAAACAUGUGUUUACAAUCAAUGAAGUUAGUAAAAUAUUACUUUACAAACGAUUUUUUUUGUCAAAUGGAAUAUUAAAAACAAUGUUGUAUUUAGUCACGCAUGGUAUUCGUUAUAAUAUACCUUAGUGCCUGUGAGAUAGAGUUGAAAUUCCAGUGUCAACGUUCGUCUCGAUAUUAUUACUUCUGUUGGUUCAUUGGUUGGAAUUUAAACUUUAUAUUCACAGAUUUAAGGUAAUUUUUUUGCAAUUUGAAAAAAGUUCAAUUCGUAAUGAUAAAGCAAUAAUAAUAAAAAUGUAUUCGGUUAUUUAUCAUUUAUAAAUGACCUUAUGCAUAUGGAUAUAAGGUAGCUUUUUAAAUGUAUUGAAUGUAUUCCAGUAAUUACUCUUUGUUCUGAGCAAAAAGAUAAUUUACUGUAUAAUUUAUAUUCUAUAUCAAAGAGGGUUUUACUUUCUGCAGUCACUAGGUGGCGCUCCUAUCUUAUUAGAGGCACUAUUAUCUAUCAAAACCCUUUGCUCUGAUUGGUGAGUAUCUCAACCAAUCACAGUUCACAUAAUAAGGUAGCAGAUACUGUGUGUGACCUAUCUAGACUAAGACAUACUUAGUCUAGUUUUAGGUAGAGUUCUGUCUACCCUUUUCAGAUAUUUAUAAAUGUCGCGAAGAUAUUAUUUUAGUGCCUUAUUCAUCCAGACUGUAUAUCAGUACGAUGGUCGCGGCUUUCGAUUCCCAAGCCAGGCAAAUGAUGUUUUUUUCUAUAGUUAAUUGCAGUCUGGAAUUAUGCCCGGUGUAGGCAAAAUGUGUAAAUUUCUGCUUAUCCUAAUAAGGAAUGAAAAGCGUUAUGUUUAUGUCUUUAACUGGCAUUAUAUUUGGACGUCUAAGUCCAAUAAACGUAAAUAUAACAUAAGUGUAAGUUAUGUAUAUUGCCACCCAUCAUCUUCCAAUCCUCGUGGUGUGUUGCUUAACCUAAGAUUGUCGCUAAAUCGUGUCAUAAUGAAGCCAUUGUUAUCGUUAUAUGUUAUUAGUGCAAUAUUCACUUGCCAAAUUAGUUUGUAAGUAUUAUAAUUUAUGUCUGCGCGCACACGACGCAAGAUGGCGUUAAUGUAAAUUUUUAAUCCAAUUUGUAAAUUUUAUGAAGUAUGUUUUGUUUGAUCCAAUUGUUUUAAUGAUAUUCCAGUAAAGAAGUUUUCGGUUUUGAGCUCAGCAGAUGGCGCGGGUGUAUCGUGAGGUCUGUUUGUUCAAUCAAACUGAGACUAGCUUAUGUUUUGGAUAAAUAGGACCACACGAGGCUCUAGCGCCACCUGGUGAGUUAUUGUAUAAUGUAUCCCAAUGGUUAUAAGUAUAAUGUAUAUAAAAUUCACUAAAAAAAUUAAAAUGUUAAUGAAUUAUUUCAAUUGUUGUUGCUUGAAACCAGAUAUUCAAUAUUUAGCACAUCAAAUCACCUGUUUGUUUGACACAUUUUCAACUUGAACGCUUUGUAAUAUAGUUGACAAUGCAUUACAGAAACGGGUAAUUUGAAGUGCUGUCAUCAGGUCGUGUGUCGCAGCGCACAGUCUCAAAGAAGCGACGCCACAGUUUGAUACCUUCUGCGUGAGCCGACAGGGGGCGGUACUGUGCUCAAUAAAAACAACGCGAUUUUGAGCUGGCAAUACCGAGUUAGUCAUUUUUCUUGUUAAAAUUCGUCCCAAAGUUAGUAUAUUCUAGUAGUUUUAUCGAUUUAGACUGAUACAUUUAGCUGUAUAAGUAGUAUUUUCCAGUUCCGUCUACUUAGUAACGUAUUUUAGGUUUAAAUUAUUAUUUUCACUUAGAGCAGUUUUCCCUAAAAACGGAGGCAAUAUCGCUCCCCUGUCAGUUGGAAAUUACGCUCAGAUCAAUAUUCGCAUAAAAUAUAAAAAUAGUUAUUCAUACACUACUUUCUUCUCUAUACAACCGAUCCUUAUUUUUCUUAUAGUCAUAGUUGUCAUUUCUGACAGCUGUCGCUAAUGUCAAUGUAGUAGUUUAAUUGAAUUUGUUGAAUUAGUAAAUAAAUAAAUACCUCAAUAAUAAUAAUUGAAUGAUCUGAGUAAUUCACGAAUCUCGUUUUGAGUUGUAUUUUGUUAGUUGCAGUGAACAUUUGGUUGUUUCUAGUCAGAACGGUGGUUUCCAACCGCCGCGUGUCUCAAACUGUGGUAGUACGGGGGCGGGAGUUUAACAUCGCAACCAGUUUAGCUAUUUUGUAAAGAAAGCUAUUGUUAUUAGAGUAUUUUUUGCAGGGAUUAAACUAUUCAAUUUGAAGUGAUUGUUUAUACUCUUCGUAGAUGGCGCCACAGUCGAAAAAGGUCAUUCUAAAUAGCUACUAUCAAAUGUAUAUUAGUAAAAUCAACCUUAUUCUGCAAUGGCGUCAUUACAAACGAUUAUGAACAAUAUCCCUGCUUGUCUAAGAGCUAGAAUGGUGUGAUGUGUCCUCGCCAGACGACGUAGUCAGUCGCUCAGUACAUAUCUUAGAUUUAGUUGUUUUAUUUUUGUUUCAUUUUUACUUUAAUGACUCCCCCGACUGUAUUCUUCAUCUCUGUCUCGUCUUAUUAUAUAAUUUUGUGUGUGUUAGACAGAGAUGGCAAUAUAAUUUUUGUUUACUGUAUUGUGACGUCACAACACAGUUCAGUUUGAGUACAAAUGUAGUGUAAGUAGUCGGUUGUAAGCCCUGUGUCAUAGUCAACACCAAAUAUUGUAGUGUAAGCGGUGUGACGUCAUGAUAUAUUAUGUAUCAAUGUAUGAUCUACAAACUUGGGCUGAUGACAGGGUAGGGAAAUUUAUUAUAUAUUUGAUCUAUCGGCCAAGAGUAGAGAUUAUAGUCAAUCUCUUUUUUGGACAAGUUCGUGGUCCAGCAGUGGACUUACGGGCUGAAGUUGUUGUCGAUUGUGAUUUUGGCCGGUAAAAAAAGAAAAAUUAGUUGUCGUAUAUUUUCUUUUACACUGUGUAAUGGGUUAAAGAUUUUAGUUUAAUUUUCAGAUCCUAUCAUCAUUCCCACUAAUAGAAAAUUCUUCUAUUAUAUACUUUUAUCUACACCUAGUACACAUCAAGCUAUGCAAAACCAGUAAAUUUUUAUGAAUAAAUAAGUAAAUACUUAAAUCCUGUAUAAACUAAUCUUCGAAUGUUCGGAGAGAUCAUACAAAGGUAGACCACGAUACACUGGUAUCGUAUAGAUCGAAGUGUGGCCGUGUCUAUGUAGUAGUAGUAAUCUUGUAUAGUCGGGGGUACAUAUAUUACGUAUUUUUCUUUAUUAUUUCGUUGUAUGUUGGUUGUGGGUGCGCGCGGCGUCAGUUCCGCCAUUUUGUUUAUCAAAAAGCGCGCGAACACGCGCCGCCCGCUCAGUACUGUUUAGAAUUUAAUUCAAUGUUUAAAUUCUUUAACCAAAGUUUAUUAAAUGAUUUUAUAAUGAUUA